GCCUCCGCCGGCGGCCUCUUUCCGGGAGUAGGCGGGGACCGGCGCGCGGGCCCGGCGCAGCCCGGCCAUGCAGCCGGAGCGGGGCGGCGCUCGGCCCCGCAGGGAAGGCGGCCGGCACGGCCGGCGGCAGCCCCGCAGCGCGGAGAAGGCGGCCGAGGCGGCCGCUGAAGGGAUCGGCGGGGACGGGUAUGGCCGCGGAGGAGGCCGGGGCCGCGGAAGAGGCGGCGCCCACGGGCACCGAGGAGGCAAGGGCCGGGACAGGCGGGAGCCUCGAGGUCGCGGGGCGGCACCGCCGCCCGCAGCCCCCCGCCCCCGGCAGGUAGAAGAGGAUGAUACUGAAUCACGAAAGGAUGAAGAGAGGGAAGAACUGAAAAAGUAUACAAGAAGAAAGAUUUUUUCUAACUGGAGCCGCUAUGACGAUACAGAAAAAGAAGGACAGAGUAACCAUGGGGAAUCACAGAGAGGAGCAGACUUCAGUGUUUUGCUUAGCUCAGCAGGAGAUUCCUUUACACAGUUCCGAUUUGCUGAUGAGAAAGAAUGGCAUAGAGAAAACAUAUGGCAUAAGCAGUUAUCUGCAAUUCCUGUUGACUACCAGUCUGUGGCCCAGGCGCUUCAGGAAUUGCCCCUGCAUCUGAGGUUGAAUGUAGAUGCUGAACUUGUGCAGGCAACAUCACCUGCAGAGCUCCCACAGAUGAAAUAUAAAAUUUUUGAAGACAGCAAGAGGAGAGAGCUGUUCCAACAGUCUUUGGCUCAGAGGGAAAUGGUGCUGGUCUCCCAUCCUGUUGGUGAUUCUGUUGCUCCAUCAGUGCCUGAAGGUAAAAAGGUUCCUAGGGCAUGUGCAGCAGAACCAUUUCAAACAGCCCAUCCACUACCAAAGCAAGAGAUUGACCAUUUGGAUGAAGAACUAGAUGUUCUCCUAAAUCUGGAUGCUCCCGUUGGUAUGCAAAACAGACCUGUGUCAGGUGCAUUAUCCUCCAACAUAUCAACUGAGAAAGAUUUGAAAAUGGAUAUUAAGGAAAAAGAAGAUCCUCAGGGAGGGUGGCAUCAUCUCCACUCCUUGGUGGUACAUCAGUUCCACCUGGUGGUACACAGCUACAAGGCUGGAGAAGAUGAAAAUGUUGAAAGUGUCAGUUGCUAUGCAAGGAAUAACGCAGCCUCCACUCCACUCCUGUAAAAAGUUCAGAUGCAGUAUUCUAAAGCCAGACUUCUGUAAGAUACCACCAAUUCAGCUCCUUUGGUUCUGUGGGCACAAUGCUCGUGUAAUUAUCAUUGUUGCAAGAGUAACUGAUGCCACCAAAUUAACUUUUUAAAUAUCCUCUUUGAUCUGCUCUGUAUUUACUAAUGAAACUACUUUCAUUGGUCUUGGGAGUCAUGGUCUUGGGAGUCUGGGCAAUAGCCUAAACACACACAACUCCUGAUUGCUUUGAGGAUUCAGAAAGCUUCGCUAUCAGUAAAGAAACAUAUGAUCUGACUUGUACAUUAUUUUUUGUAGCUUAUCUUUCUGGACUCUUCUAGAAAUGUGCUUUUUUGUCUGUUUUGUUUUGAUGUUUUGCUUUGAGUUUUCUUUUUGUCAAAUUGAGGCUAGUUUUCAAUGGUCUCAUCGUUACCAAGCCCUGAGAAGACACAAUUAAAACUUCCAAACUAAAGCAACUUGUUUCCUGUAAUUUUGCAUAUCUGGGUUUCAUUCCAGAGGAAUAAGGAGUUGGUGUGCCUUCAGAUUUCAUUCCGCUGAGGUAGCUCAUGUGUAAGGUGAGCACUUUAAAAAUAACCAUCAGUGUGGAGUAGAGGAGGGGAGACCAGAAAGGAAUAGAGAUAUUCCUCAGUCUGACAGAAUUCUGUCUUCUGAUUGUCAGCAAUGUGUAUGCCUAAAUUACUCUGGAGCUGAAAGGUCUCUGUCAUAAUUCCAGUAGU